ACUCAAUGUCGCUCGACUUAAAGAGAAAGUUAACGCGGAGAAACUUCAGUCAUGUCUAAACUCUGGUGGAAGUGUUUGAGAGUCGUAAAUAUGGAGCGAUAGUGUAGUGUCUCAUGUCCAAUCACAUGAUGGCGAUCGACAAUGAGACAGUUGUGUACCUGUCUGAGCAGGUGGUCGUGUUGUGCUCGUGCGCGCUGUCCUUCGUGGGCUCCUCGCUCAUCAUCCUCACCUACAUUUGUUGGUCAGAUUUGAGGACGACUCCGCGGAAGCUUCUGGUCUUCCUCUCCGUGUCUGAUUGGCUCUCCGCGGCAUCCUACGCUUACGGGGUCUGGAGUGCGUUUACGGUUAAUUCAAAUGAAUGUAUCGUUCAAGGAGCGAUAUCAACUUUCGCCAACACCAGUUCUUUUUUCUGGACUGUGGCCAUCGCCAUUUAUCUUUACGUCUUCAUAGUGAGGUCCAACCAGAGGGUCGCUGACAGCUUGGUGUUGUUUUUCCACAUGGUCAGCUGGGGUAUUCCUCUGGUCAUCACUAUUGCAGCCGUGUCACUGGGCAAGAUUGGCUACGAUGCGUCAGAGGUGUCGGUGGGCUGGUGCUGGAUCAGCAUUUCUGCUACUGACCGAGUCCUGUGGAUGCUCGUGACUGGAAAGAUCUGGGAGUUCCUGGCUUACCUCAUCCUCCCCAUCCUAUACAUCCUGAUCAAGAGGCACAUUCACACAGCGCAUGCCGCCCUGUCAGAAUACCGUCCCAUCUUGGCCAACAGGCCUCCAACACACUCCUUCUCCUCCAUGGCUGAUGUGAAGCUGACACUCAUCCCCAUUAUCUUCAUCGCCCUGCGCAUUUGGAGCACAGUGCGCUUCAUACUGGUGCUGGCCAAGUCUCCAUUAAAACUGCACCCAGUGCUGAUGACGCUACAUGGAAUUGGGAACACCUUACAGGGAGCUGCCAACUGCAUCAUGUUUGUGUUUUUUACUCAGCCAAUCCGCAAACGCCUCUGCGAUGCACUCUGCUGCUGCUCCAAGUGUCAAGCAGAGGCAGAGCAGUCGCAUGACGUCCCUCACAGGCUGCUGCCAGGAGAAGACCCUUCCACCCAUAUAGAGGAAUAAAGCACCAGCCGAGCCCGGACUGAUAGAUGAUGACGCUUGAUUCUGCGGAUGGGAAGACGGGGGUUGACAAGAGGGGCGUGGUGGUCUGUCUCAGCUUCACAUUGAACCUCAUUACAGCAAGUGCUGAGAGGGUUGGAGAUUCUGCAGGUGGAGGCACAUCUGUCUCACAUGCCAGCAUUCUGGAUGAUAAAGGUGAUGCUGCCUGACUGUCCACAAGCGUAUUUGGGGAUUAAUUAUUUUGUGGAUUUGUGGAUUCCCUGAUGUGUGAUAUAUCAAACUUUAAAAUGCCAAAUAACUUCUUUUAAUAAGCAACUUUAUUUAUCAUGAACAGGGUACAUUCAUUCACAUUCUGAGUUCACAACUGAAAUUAAUAUCCAGCACUUAUUUUGCUCCACUGAGUAUUGAAGUAUUGUGUUUAUGGGGGGAAAUUGCUUCAUCUUCAUAUCAGUUCUUUGUACGUGUUCUAGAAGAAAAAAAACUCACUUUGGGUAAUGGAUGUACUGUAAAUUAGUUUGAACUUCUUUUAGUCAUUGUCACUGAUCAGACUCACGUGAUCUGAAGGCUUGAAAGAUGGUAAAUAUUAUUUUUUGUCUCUAAGGAAACAGCAGUUGUGAUCACUUUGAGUUCACAUCCGAGCUAGUUCAAAGAGUAACGUCAAAAAAAAAGUGACGUUAAAUAUAUAUUGUACAUACAAAUAUUACAUGAAUAAUGUAGAACAAAAGUCAUGUUUUAUUUGAGAAGUUUCUAUAUUAUU